AUGGCUGCAACAACUGAUGAUAUCAUGAACUACCUUAAAGCAAAUAUCAGUGGAUCUCUUCUGCUUAAAGAUAGUAAAAGAAAAAGAGAUAUUCUUCCUGGUUUCUUAUAUGGAGUUGUGAUGAAUAGCAAACAACCUUCUAUGCAACUCAAAAUACAGCAGGAACACCAAAUUGGAAUUAAUAGUGAAGCUAUACCUGCUUUUUAUCUAAUGCAGAUGUUAGAAGAAAAGAUUUAUACCAUAGAUGAUUCUAAAUUUAAUAUAAAUGAAGAACUUACUAAAGAGCAACAAGAACAAGCAAGUCAAUUCUUAACAAACAAUAUUGAUAUUUUCUCAGAAAAUAUCUUAAAAGAAGAACAAUUUAAACAAUUAGGACAAACAAAUAUUAUCUGUCAUGAGAUAAAUACAGAUAAAGCUAGACCUAUUAAACAAUGA